CUUUCCUCCUCUUACACUAACAAUACACAACACUUGGCCAACUACUUCCCCUCCCCCACCCCCUCCCAGCACUACUGGAAUGCUAGCGGUCACACCACUGAGAACGUCCACACCCGGAGACCUAGCCGGAGAAGUUGGUGGCGCCGCCGCCAACCUCCCUACUUCCGACGACUUCUCCCUCGACUUCGACUUCGAUUUCUCCGAGCUUUUCGCCGGGUUCGAUGACGCCGAAACCCUUCCCGCCCUCGAUGGCGAUGCCGCCGACUUACCUGCCGCGCGAGCCGAAACGAAUGGCGGCGGCGCGAACACUCAACAAGAUGAGAGAGAAGAGAAGAUAGCUUUGAUUGAUCCUGAGGAGGUCUUGAAUUGUGAGGUAAAGGAUGAGCCCUCAGCUUCGUCGGAUAUAAGCUCGCCGGCACCGGAUAAGCACAAGGAGAGGGGAAGGAAGUCAUCCGCAGGGCAGCAUAAGGGCUCCAAUGGGAAGAAAAAGGUGGAUUGGACGGCGGAGCUUCACCGGCGAUUUGUUCAGGCGGUGGAGCAGCUGGGGGUGGAGAAGGCGGUGCCGUCAAGGAUUUUGGAACUCAUGGGAAUCGACUGCCUCACACGUCACAAUGUCGCCAGCCAUCUUCAGAAAUAUCGAUCACAUCGAAAACAUGUGAUGGCAAGGGAGGCUGAGACAACUAGCUCGAAUCAAAGACGACAAGUGUAUGUUGCUUGGUUGCCUCCAGCAAUGGGCAUUCCUCCGAAUGCUAAUUCCAUUCAUCAUCUUCAUCAUCCUUCACACAUGCAACAUUUUAGACCACUGCAUGUAUGGGGUCACCCGACAAUGAACCAAUCAUUGAUUCAUAUGUGGCCAAAGCAUAUAGUCCCGAUCGGACAAACACCACCGCCACCAUGGGUUGCACCUCACCCUGUUCAACCUCCUCCGUUGCCGCAACACGAUUCUCCAUGGCCUCCUCAUUUUGCUAGGGGAACACCAUACUUUCCACAACCGCUGCCUGCAUUGACGUUUCCAGCAGUACCAGUUCCCGGCAUUCCGCCGCUUCCCAUGUGCAGGCCGGACGGCGUUAUUCCGACGGCGGCUCCGCCGGGUCCACCGCCGUGCAAACAAACAGGCUGGUUGCACCAACUCGAAGCUCAUCCGUCAAAAGAGAGCAUAGAUGCAGCACUGGGAGUUGUAUUGGCGCAACCAUGGCUGCCACUGCCUUUAGGGCUGAAGCCUCCUUCCUUAGAGAGUGUGAUGGUUGAACUCCAUAAGCAAGGAAUAUCAAAUGUGCCUCCUUCUGGCAACUCUGAAAAUUAAUUAAAAUUCGCCGACAAGUCCUUUUUUAAAUUUAUUUUUUUAUUUCUUUUCUUCCAUUAAACCCUUUUUUUCUUCAUCUUCUCCACAUUAUGCAGCUUCUGCUCAAUUGAGGACAAUGGUGAAGUUACUCUCUCUCUCUCUCUCACAUAUAUAUAUAUAUAUAUAUGGUGUAAAUAUUAUUUUGCAGGAUAUUGUUGCAGCACUGUUUUUGAUUAAUAAAUUUGGAGAUUGUGAGGAUUUGAUCAUGGAAGUCUUUGUUUUUUUUUUGGGGGGGUUGGAUGAUUGCAUUGGGAGCAUCGAAAAUAUUGAUAUUUAUAAAUAAAGCCCCC